ACUGUGGUUUUUAUAUAGUUGGUGUGCUUUUAUUAGGAAAUUUAUAAUCUCGUACCUGUGCAGGUAAAUAUCACACCAAACAACUGAUAUCGAUUUCUUCGAGCUGGACACAAGCCUCAAUCUAAGAUGGAACCCAGAGUUGUAAGGCUACUGGCACUGUUUCUAAUGACACAAUAUCCACAUUCCGUGACGUCACAAACAGCAACGCCAUCUCCAGACAUCAGCUCCACCCUUCCCACAGCGGCAUCGUCUAGUGCCUUCCCAGAGAUCUCCCCUAGCUCAUCAACAUCGGUGUCAGCCGCGAGCUCCAGUCUGCUAGAUUCUAGCUCUAGCUCUUUAAGCUUUAGCUCCUCAGCCAGUGGCGCUUUAGACAGUAGCGCUUCUAGCAUUAGCUCCUCAGCCAGUAGCGCUUUAGACAGUAGCGCUUCUAGCAUUAGCUCCUCAGCCAGUGGCGCUUUAGACAGUGGCGCUUCUAGCAUUAGCUCCUCAGCCAGUAGCGCUUUAUACAGUAGCGCUUCUAGCAUAAGCUCCUCAGCCAGUGGCGCUUUAGACAGUGGCGCUUCUAGCAUUAGCUCCUCAGCCAGUAGCGCUUUAUACAGUAGCGCUUCUAGCAUAAGCUCCUCAGCCAGUGGCGCUGUGAGCGUUACAGAUAUGACGUCAUCUGUAACUCCCACGACUGACGUUGUGUCGCCAUCAUCGUCAGGCAGCACCUUCAGCUCCACAACCACGUCACCAACCGCCAAUUCUUCAGAGCAAACGUCAACUACGUCAUCAUCACACAGUGACCUAAUGUCCACCAUGACGCCAUUGAUAAACGGGACAGAACUUGCAUCGACCAUGCCAAUGACAACACAGAUGUCAUCGACCACCGGUUAUAUGUCACUGCCCUCCACGAACCAGCUCAUGGCGUCAUCAGACAUGACAACAGACACGAGCACCCCCAUUAUAACAGCCACGCCCACCGUCACUGUGACGACACCAACCACAACACCACCCACAACCACAACCCCACCACAAUUCCCUUUCCAACAAUACUUUGUCCAUUUAUAG